CCAGUGUGAAGUGGAACUUGUCGCCGAACAGGUUGGUCGCCGACUCGGGGAUCUCGGGAUCGACGAAUGGGGACCACCGCACUAACCACAUAGUUCGCAAUGGAACCCGUCGAUGAUCUGGAGCUAGAGUCAACUUAAUCCUUUGUCUCCCCGCUUUGUGUGACCGUCGUUGUCUGUCUGGACCACAUACAAUGCAGGAUCCAACUACCCCGUCCAAGCCGCCGUCAUCCCGCCAGCCCUCAUCCCUGGCUUGUGUAUCCUGUCGCCGCCGCCAUUUAAAGUGCGAUGCCCUGCUGCCAGCCUGUACUCGCUGCCAGUCCACCAAUGCAGAAUGCCAUUAUGUACGGUCGAGGCGAGGAUUGCGUACCAAACCGAGCAACCAAUCCCCCCAGCGCUUCGACGAUCAAAUGUUGACUGCAGACGAUUUUGCUACCUGGCUGAAUGCCACCACGCUAGCAACAGACUUGGAGGCAGAUCCGGCACUUCUCCAUGGACUUGAAACGCCCCCAGUAUGGGACAUUCCUUGCCUCCAGGAUGAUACAACCACAACUACCUGGCCCGAGCCCGAGCCGCUCACAACAAUGACCCCUGAGAUAGCUUAUGAUCCAAUGGUGCAGCUCUAUUAUCAAAACUUUCACCGGUCGCAUCCUUUCUUGAUACCGAGAAAGGUCCUUCAUUCUUCUCUUCGGCACCGAAUACCCCCAUAUCUCACAGGUAUCAUGCGUUACAUUGGCGCACAUUACUACCCUGAUGUAAGAUUCAAAGAGGAAUUCCGGCGGGUGGCGUAUACGGUCCUAUCUGAUACCACCCGGGAUGGGUUCAAAGUGCAAGGACUGUUGCUACUUGCAAUCAUUGAGCAUGCCCAUGGCCAAGAGGAGAAUGCGCACUCGAAAGUCCAACUAGCUAUUGAUCUCAGCCUGGAGCUGGGAAUGAACCGCGCUAGUUUCGCUCCCAUCAACUCUGAAGGCAGUUCGGUUCUUGCUGAAAGCUGGCGGAGGACGUUCUGGGAACUAUAUGUUGUAGACGGGUUAUUGGCAGCUAUGCGAGAUCAAAGCUCGUAUCGUCUAUAUUCCUAUAAGGCAGACGUGCGACUGCCUUGUGCUGAGGAGCUUUAUAACUCCGCAAGUGAGAUCACGCCAAAUACACUAACUCUGAACGAUCUCAAACAAAGCUGGUCUCUAGACCAAUGCAACUCCUCCUUCACUUACCGAAUUGAAGCUGCGCAGAACCUCGGGCUCGUCAUGGAAGUGAACCGUUCACUGGAUAUUGAUCUUGAAGCCCGUGUUGAGACAGUUGACGCUGCCCUUGUCUCAUCUCUCAUGCAAAUACCUUCAUCUCAGGAUAGCACCUCUUUCGACAGCUCAAAUAUCGACGAAAUGCUCUUCCAAGCAGAGAUGAUCAACUACCUGUAAGGCUCUUUUCGGAUACCCUUCCCGAAGCAAAAGGCUAACUGAAACCGCUAGCGCACUGAUAUACCUUCACCAUCCCCGUUCUAGCAUGCGCUUUGCGUCUUUC